AUGGCGGAUCAUGUGUUUGAUGAAACAACAGAUAUAAAUCAAUGGGCACAGCGAAUGCCGCAUAUUGGUUUAGGAGAUACAGUAUUCCUGGGAACUGAAGUUCCAUUGAUAAAGUUUUUCGCCAAUGCUACCUUCAACAAGAUUCGUCGCCCAUUCGUUCUUAUUACUCACAAUUCUGAUGCAUCGGUACCUACUCACCACUUUAAAUGGGUCUUAGAUAGUGAGAAAAUCUUGGCUUGGUUUGCGUCAAAUCCUGAUCACACACAUAAAAAGCUACUGCCCAUUCCUAUUGGACUGGCAAACGCUCGAUGGCCACAUGGAAAUGUUAGCGUAUUCAAACAAGCGUUUGAUUUUGAUCGAAAGCCAUUCGCCCAACGAACAACGCUUUUAUAUGUUAAUUUUCAAGUAAAAAACAGCCGAGUAGCAAGAUCGAAAGCACUGAAAUGGGCACUUGGACUUCCUAAUGUAACACAUUCCCAGGUCACAUCCCAUGAACUGUACUUAAGAGAACUUGGUAAUGCCAAAUUUGUACUUUCGCCACCUGGUCACGGUUUAGAUUGCCACCGCACAUGGGAGGCCAUUCUGAUGGGUUCAGUACCUAUUGUACUCCGAUCACGAUUAGAUCCCCUUUUUACCGAUGCAGCCGUUCUUAUUGUUGACGACUGGAAUGCUCUCAGUAUUGAAUAUUUGCAGUCACUUGAUUAUAAUCGUGCACCAAAUGAGAUAUUGUUCGCGAAAUAUUGGAGAAAACGUUUAAUGGAUGCAGCAAGGCGUCAAUAA